AUGCAAAGUCAAGACGAGCUUAUGGGUUUAUUUGGAGAUGUGGUGGUAAAUGAUACGAUGUUCACCAUGAACCGUUAUGGGAUGGUCUUUGCGCCUUUGUUAGGCAUUAAUAACCAUCGGCAGACAGUGUUGUUUGGUUGUGCAUUCCUAACUAGUGAAACCACGAAUUCAUUUGUAUUGUUGUUUGAGGAAUUCAAGAAAGCCAUGCAAGGUGAGCCACCCAAAAUUAUCAUCACUGAUCAAGAUGUAGUCAUGUCAAAGGCAAUUGCUGUAACUCUCCCGAUAACAUUCCAUAGAUAUUGCAUAUGGCAUAUCUUGAAUAAGUUUAUGGAGAAACCCGACAUUGGAGAAUGUUUUUCGGAAAUGUACAAAUGCAUAUGGGGUAUGGACACCAAAAAAGAAUUUGAUGCGAAAUGGGAGGAAAUCAUCACAAACAAUGGGCUAAAAGACCAUCCGUGGUUGAGCUCAAUUCAUGCUUCGCCAGAGAAUUGGGUUCCAUCAUAUGUAAAACAUGUGUUUUCGGCUGGGAUGUCAAGUAGUCAACGGGCCAAAAGCUGUCAUUCAUUUUUCAAACAAUAUAUUAACCGGAAAAACACAUUGAUGGAAUUCAUUGUACACUUUGAAAGAGCUCUUAGUUCACAGAGACACAAGGAGUUAAUGGCUAAUCAUGUUGAUAACAGUGAAAAACCUCGGGCAAUUCAACAUCAAAUGACACGCAUUUACACUCGAGCAAUUCUUGAAAUGUUUGAGAGGGAAAACUUCAUAAGUCUUUUAUGCUUGUUUGAACUUGUAGAGCAAGAUGAGACCUAA